CCAGGCGUACGUACAUGUGCGUGGUGAAAUGCUGGAUUGACUAACACUGAAGAUCUAGGGGAUCAAUGGCGCGCGGCUUUGAGAUCGUUUAAAAUUUAUUGGAAGGGAGAGUGUGAGAGAGAGAAGGGAAAGAGAGAGAGGGAAAACAGUGUCUUUCAACAAUGGAACUUACAAUGGAAAACAUUGGGAAUCUGCACGGCGUCUCACACUCCCAUCAAACGGGAGACUUGAUGAACUCUCCUCACGCGCGACAGUCGGCGACACAUAGGAACUUGGUGUCAUCGCACGGGAGGUCAGCGAUGGUGUCCAGCAUGGCCUCGAUACUGGACGGGGCCGGGGAGUAUCGCACGGACCAUUCGUUGUCCGGUCCUCUCCAUCCAGCGAUGACCAUGUCGUGCGAUUCGAGCAUGAGUCUGAGCAGCACUUACACCACCCUGACGCCGUUGCAGCACCAUUUGCCUCCCAUAUCCAACGUCUCAGAGAAAUUUCACCAUCAUCCGCACCCUCACGCUCAUCACCACCCCGCGCACCAGCGUCUCGCCGCCGGGAACGUCAGCGGCAGCUUUACGCUGAUGCGGGAUGACCGGGGCCUCGCGUCCAUGAGCAACUUAUACGGCCACUACUCCAAAGAUUUGUCCGGGAUGGGACCACCUUUGUCACCUCUUUCCAACGGCCUUGGGUCUUUGCACAACUCUCAACAAACUCUAAGCGCGUACGGUCCGAGUGCUCACCUGGGGAAUGACAAGAUGAUUUCCACGGGAGGCUUCGAGUCCCACGCUGCGAUGCUCGGACGGGGCGAGGAGCACCUGGCGCGGGGUUUAGGGGGACAUGGAGCGGGCAUCAUGUCUUCUCUCAACGGCAUCAAUCACCACCACCACCACCACAGUCACUCGCACUCUCAGGCGAAUGGUUCGGUGCUCUCGGAGCGGGACAGGCAGGCAGGAGCCGGCGGACAGGGUGGUGGGUCGGGCCAGGUAGAGGAGAUCAACACCAAAGAGGUGGCUCAGCGAAUAACGGCGGAGUUAAAGAGGUACAGCAUUCCACAGGCCAUCUUUGCCCAAAGGAUCUUGUGUCGCUCUCAAGGAACUCUCUCGGACCUCCUGCGGAAUCCAAAACCCUGGAGUAAACUCAAGUCAGGUCGCGAGACGUUCAGACGGAUGUGGAAGUGGCUACAGGAACCAGAGUUCCAGCGCAUGUCGGCCCUUAGGCUUGCAGCCUGCAAGCGAAAGGAACAGGAGCAGCACAAGGAACGCAAUAUGGCGCCCAAGAAACAGCGUUUGGUCUUCACCGACCUCCAGCGUCGCACACUCAUUGCCAUUUUCAAGGAGAACAAGCGGCCCUCGAAGGAAAUGCAGCUGACUAUCUCACAGCAGCUCGGCCUGGAACUCAGCACCGUCAGCAACUUCUUCAUGAAUGCACGUCGGCGAUGUGUUGACCGCUGGCAUGAGGAACACCAUCACGGCCAUGUAGGCAGUCCUGGCCAGCCAGGCACCUCUGCCACCACCUUCUCCAAGGCUUAAAUCGAAACCCCCUUUUCCCCUGGGUGGCUGAGACUGGAUAUUCAUUCCAACCUCACAUAGUCACUCGUUGCGUGCCAAUCAAUCCCACUGCUGCCAAAAAUGGCAAUGUUUCACGUAAUUGCAACCUUUUACUUCUUUGGGACUGUUAUGAAACCAAGCCAAACAUCUUAACAGAGAAAAAGCACCACAUUACAUUCACAUAAACCAGAAAAAAAGUGAGCUGAAGAGGCCUGUUAGUGCUUUCUUCAAGCAGUUGAGGACAAUGAGCACUUUCAAAGCUCACAGCACAGACGGCUUGUUACUCAAGCAAGGUUGUCAAAGAAAGCCACCACCUGCAUCAUCACUCUCAGGCCCACAGCGGCACAAUUCCCUUAUGGCCAGUUGUUUCACUGAGGCUCUCAGAUCAUAUGCUAAGCUAAUGAAUUGAGAGACUAAUCGAUACAGACAGAAAAGCAAAGGACGUCGACCUCUACUGAAGGUGAAAUGGAACGAGCUCCCACAACAAGGACUACCGUGUUUGCCCAGCAUGGCUCUCCAUUCGGUUUAUUUUGCACAGAUGGAAAUGGAGUGUUAGCUGGGCUGCAACAUUUUAUGGCACUUGUGGUUAACGCAUGUUAUCACAAUCCGAACUGUCUUUAAUGGAAGCGAAUCAGUCAACCACUAUUUGGGGGCAAAAUACUGGACCAUUUUCAGUAACGGUGCACCCUUUCUAAUCUCAAGAGACUGCAACCUCUGACAUUUCAAAUACAAAUAGAAUAUUUUUCAUUUCAUAUAGAUACACAAUAAGGUCAAGACAGGUACAGCCAAACAUGACGAAAGGCACAUUUUAAAUACAAAUGGGAAUUUUUGUUACAAAAUGGUACAUCCAUACACAACUGAAAUAUUACUGACAAAUCAAAAUGUUAUGUUUAUCCUGCAAAGUGGACAAGGGGUAAACACAGUGCAAAAUGUUACAUCAAAUCUAGUGCCAAUAAUGUUUGCCUUAAUAUAAUAUAAAAGUUCACAUACCCUCAGCCAGAGUCCACUUCCAAACCGGCAUUACGUGCCAUAGCAACCAACAAUCAUAUUUUAAAAAGAAUCAGAAUCUUUUUUAAUUAUGAAAAUAAUCAAUGCUUUAAAUCAUUCACUGCAGCUAGUCUAUAAUAAAACUAACUGAAAAGCUAGAAAUCGCUCUACAGCAACACAAGAGGAACAGAAAUAAAUACUAAAAAAUUCUGUUCCUUCUCCUCUUUAACCCUUAAUCCCCUAUUUUUCUCUUAAUGUCUCCCACUUGCUUUCCCUUCAUAAUAUUAAAGCGGGUAAUUGGUACAAAUGUAUUUCUAUUUCUUAUUAAAUUUAUGAUCUGUGCAUAUGUAAGGCACCUUGUUGAUCAUGUAAAAAAAAAAAAUCAUAAAAAAAGACUUUCUGAAAGAAUAACAAAACUUAGGAGGACUGCAACUGGACAUCUCUGCAUUGCAUGUGAACUACCACAGGUCAUAACAGAAGGAACUUUAACUGACCACAAAGGAGAUGUUGCUCUGUUGGUUCUGUUGAAAGUAAACCAAAAACAAGAUUUCCACCCAAAAUUCCUCCUAAAAUCCUCAAAAACUCUGCCAAAAUGGGUGCGAAACAAGGGCACAAGCUUACCUCCAUAGGGAGAUGUUAAAGUCUUAGAGGAGUCUUCUUUUAGUACAUUUGAAUGCAACAGUAGCAUUUUCUGGAAAUGUUGCAGGACUUGCUGAACAGAUGAAAGUGAGCACAGUUAAUGCAACUAUGCUCUGAGCAUUGAGUUAUAAGCAGACCCACAAAGAAUCUGCUGAAUUUUCAGAAGUCAGUGGUAGUCUGUUGAGUAAAUUCCAACAUGGUCCAAUAUGUAGCUGAAAGCAUAAUCAUCAAAUUUGCCAAAUCGUAUGAGUGGGACAACAGACUAUGUGAAAGACAGGAUUUCUGCGCACAGAAUCCAUGUGGGCCUGGUUAUGAGCAUUAAGAGACAGCCGAUUUGUGCAACACAAAUCAGUGGGCAUCUAUAUGUACAUUAGCUGAUUAAACAGACCUUUUGUUUGUAGUGAGAACCAGUGUGGCUACCUCACUGAGCUGGGUGGUUUGUGAAACAGCCACUGAUACCAAAGAUUCUUUGACCUGCCAGUCAUGUGCUGCCAAAGGGAGGAAUACACACAAAAACCAAAAGCCCAAUAGCAAAACCAAAGCUGUUACAGAUGCAUGCAUACAUACAGCGGAUCGUUAUGCAUAUGCUGACAUAUACAUACUCUCACAGUGCAGUCAGACUGCAUAGCACCGCAAUGGGGGAUACGGCUGCUAUGCAGGUUGAGUUGAGUGCCUUUUUCCUUCAACAACGGGUGGGACUGCACUGGAACAUACAACAACACGCAACACUCUCACACAUAUUAUGUCUAUACACAAAGCGGAGCUGCUUUUUAGUAGUUUUCUUUGCGUAAACAUGGGUUACACUUACGCGUUUGACCGUUGACGGGUUUCGCGGCUUUUUAGUCAAAGUGAACGGGCAGCGUCAUAAUUUUGAAUACACGUAUCAACUAGUGCGUUAUUUUCCAUUAUUGUCACGUUUAACCACAAGCUCGCGUUCACACAUUCACUCAAAAAUAAAAAUGUACAGAGCGUAGGCAUAUAGAUAUUGAAGCAGGGUGUGAUUUAACUUUAAUUUGAUAUUAAACUGGUGUUUAAGCACUUUAAUGACCUCAUUUAUUAUUUAUCCUUUUGUCACUGCAUUAUUUGCGCUCAGAACUCCGUACAAAAUCACAAGUACCUUCAUAUUAGGUUUGUCUAAUAAUAGAGGGAUGCCAGUUUAGUGUAUGCACUGGCGAAUAUUCGCAAAAUAUUCUUUAUAUUAGCUAGCAUAAUGUAUUUGAUGCUAUACACACCCUGAUUUCACUCAGUAUGCCUCAGUGAUGUACCGACAUGUGGCCUGUUUUCAUGAGCACUAACUGAGGAACGUGGUUUGCUAAAUUAACAUUUAUUAAGGUGCUGGACAGGUUUUAAAUAUAACAUACACGUGAUUCAGGAAAAACGGCCAUUUUACAGGAAUCAUUAAACCAUUUCCCUCUUAUAUUUCUCCCAUUGGAAACCACACAGACUUGGCAGGAAGAUGUUGACAAUUGAUUCUGAAAUACCUCAAAUGUUUUGUGUAAAGUUUAUGUAAUUUAGAUUACACUAAUGCUAAUUACA